UGACCCGCCGCGGCUCCUCCCCGGUCCCGUCCCGGUUCCGACCCAUUCCCGGUUCUUCCCCAUCUCAUCCUCAUCAUGCCGGACCGGCAAAAGCGGCUCCUUCUCUCCGUGUGCGGCGUGGCGGCCCUGGGCUGCGCGCUCACGGCGCUCGUGGCCGCGGCGCUGCCGCUGUGGGUCCGCGGGUCGGUCCUGUGCCGGACCGGAGCCGAGCUGGUGAACGCCACCGGGCCGGAGCUGCAGCAGUUCCUGGGGGAGCUGCAGUACGGCCUGUUCCACGGAACCAGGACCAAGCAGUGCGGCCUGGGGGGCCGGCGGGACCGGUUCAGAGUCUUCCCAGACCUCCUCUCCACGGUUCCCGUCCCCCUCCACGUAUCGGUGGUCUUCUUCUGCGCCGUGGCAGCGAUCUUCUCCUGCGUGGCGGCCAUCUUCUUCUUCUUCAACGCCUUCGGCCGACCGUACGAGACGCUGCAAGGCCCCCUGGGACUUUACCUGUGGACCUGCAUCUGCGGUGGGUCCAGUUUCCUGGUUCUGGUUCUGUUCUGCUGCGAGCUGAAGCUCCACCGUUUGUCGGAGCGAAUCUCCAACUUCGGCGAGGAGAACUUGGUGUUCCAGACGUUCUCCGAGGAUCUGGACCGCAGCUUCUGGCUCUUCCUGCUCGUCUUCCUGCUGCAGGGCCUCAACGCGGCGCUGACCCGGCUGGCCACCGGGGCCCGGCUCCCCUUCCAGAACCAGAACAAGACGGAGCUGGACGGGGGGGCCAACGACCUCAUGUACUGAGGAGAUCCGGACCCGGACCCGGUCCAGGACUGAUGGACCGGUCCAACCAGCCACCCACUGGUGUCCUGGUUCAGUUCUGACCCACUUCAACCGGACCGUCAGAACCGGACCGUCAGAAUCGGGUCACAGCGUCGAUGUUCCGGGUCCAAACAUCCGGAGAAGGUUGAAGGACGUUUCCAGAACCGAGCUGAAGAUACCGUCCAGCCGGAGAGUUGGACCUCCUGGGGGUCAAGUUAACUAGUUCUGUUAGACUUAGGGAGGCCCCGACACCAUUUUUUUCACACUGAGUACGAGUACAAGUAUUUUAAUUUGUGUACUCGCCUAUACCGAGUACCGAUCCGACACUUCUACCACAAAAAUAACUAGGCUAAAAAUGCAAUGAAAAAUGUAAUGAAUUGGAAGACAGGUUUUAUUUGCAACUGAAAUUCAAUUUUAAACAAAACUCAGCCGGCGGGGCUUUCCUACGGUGGCUGACAAGGGCCAAACGCACUGCAACGGCCUAAUGCGUCUCAAUUAAGGAAAACGGCUUCAAGUACGGAAGCGAAUGAAAUUCACAAACUCAAAACGAGGUACAAAAAGAGGAACGUGGUGCAAAUUAAAAAACGUGCUGCAAAAAACAAAGACAAAUGCAGCAUCAUCAAACACGCUGCAAAUAGAGAAAUGAUGCAAAGCACAAAACGAUAUAAAACAAGAAAUCAUCUUCAAAAGAAAAACGCUUCAUAACCGGUUACCAAACCUGCAGGGGGCGCUCUCAGCGUAACAGCUCAAUGGACAGACACACGGGAUGUAGAGAGAGACCGAACAGCUGACUGUAACGUUAAAAUAUAAUAAAGAAACGUCUCGUAAUGUACAGCGUUGUACAGUGAUAUAAACCACAUUAUAUCACAUUACCGUUCCCGCUGUAUGCUUAAACCAUGGAUGUAAACACUGUGGUUCAGUCAGCUGUUCGUCGUUUUUCUUUUGAAGAUGGUUUCUUGUUUUAUAUCGUUUUGUGCUUUGCAUCGUUUCUCUAUUUGCAGCGUGUUUGAUGAUGCUGCAUUUGUCUUUGUUUUUUGCAGCACGUUUUUUCAUUUGCACCACGUUCCUCUUUUUGUACCUCGUUUUGAGUUUGUGAAUUUGAAUAGUUUCUGUACUUGAAGCCGUUUUCCUUAACUGAGACGCAUUUGGCCCUUGUCGGCCACCGUACUUUCCUCCACGCUUUAGUCUCAUCGCAGGUACAUCAACUGAGCAUGUGCGGUGCUUCACCUGAAGCCGUCCGUGUGAAACAACAUAAACAAUCAAAUAGAAUUUGAAAAACAGGCUAAAUGAAAUGAUGUUACACACUCUUGUACAGUAGGUGGCGGUAUGCACCUUAAAGUUGGUUGCGAUCCGCCAAUAAAACAGAGAAGAAGAACAUAAACAAUCCCAUUGCUACAUUCCGGUUAGCCGCUAGGCGGCUAAGCUUAGCCAGAGACUUUCAAUAAACGAGACAGCCCACUACGGUUCGGUUUCCAGUAUCUGUGUCACGUGACUGCCACGCCCCUUUAGGAGACCGGAAGUAGGUCCUGAGUCUAUUGUGUCCUAUGGGAAAAGUGAACGUGAGCACAGAUUAUUACCAAUUCCUUCGCCCCAUAGUAACCUAAGUAAAUAUGGGAUCCAUUUUUCAAAAGCCACAAACCUUCUGAACAUUCUGACACCAAAAUGGCAAUUUUCAGACCGACAGAUUAGGAGAAAAUUAACUUUGUUUGAGACCUGUCUCUGUCUGAGCAACACACUCUCGCGAGAUUUGGCUCUCAUCGUUUUCCCAUCGGAUAAAAUGAAGUUUAAAACAAAAAAAAAACAAAAAAUGUUUUAUUAUUUAAGUCUUUUUGGAAGAAAGUUGUACUGUAUCUAGUGUUGUAUGUUCCAAAAUGAUGUGGGGAGAGGGGCAGCCACGCCCACUUAGGAGACCGGAAGUGGAUACCAUUUCAUACCAUUGGCAGUAACGGUAAUGCGCUAUCUUCUGUAUAGAGGAUCUUUGGCCUAGCGUGGUGGUGGGAGGAGAGUGGUGCCCGUGGGUGAGACAGCGACAACCAAUGCAAGUGGGACGUCAGCAGUGUGGACACACCUCAAAACAACGGAUGCAGACCGCGAGCUGUCGGCGCGCCGAGAGCCCGCAGUCGCAGCGGCGGCUCGGCGGCUGCUCCGCCGCCAGACUGCACACUCACUCACCCACAUCUCCCCCUAGCGGCGCUAACCAGUAACUACAACAACAAUGAAGUAUCGGUGCGUGGUAUCGGAGAAGUUUUGCGAGUACGAGUACAUGAGAGCAGUAUACCAGUAUCGGUGUCGGGGGCAUCCCUAGUUAAACUAGUUCAGGGUAACUAGCUCAACUUGUAGAACAGGUUCACUUAGUUAAAGUUAACUAGUUAUGUUAAACUAGUUCAGAUUAACCUGUUAUUUUGAAUUAGUUCAGGUUAACCCGUUCUGUUACACUAGUUCAGGUUAACUAGUUCAGAUUAACCACUUCUGUUAAACUAGUUCAGGUUAACUAGUUCUGCUAAACUUGUUUUCAAGGUUCAGUAACUUAAAGUUAACUAGUUCUGUUAAAUUAUUUCAGGUUAACUAGUUCUGUUAAACUAUUUAAAGUUUAAUCUUAGUUCACCAGUUCUGGUGAACUAAGAUUAGUCUAGUUAAAGUCAACAAGUUGUAUUAAAAUGGUUACAGCUUAAAAGUAGUUAAAAUGAACUAGUUCAAUUAAAUUGGUUAAAGUUUACUAGUUCUUUUGGAUUAGUUAGUUUUUGUAGCGCUAUUAAAUGAGUAAGUUAGCUAGUUCUAUUAAAUUAGUUAUCUAGCUUAAGUAAAUUAGUUAAAGUGUAUCUUAGUUAACUAUUAAAUGAGUUAACUAGUUUUUUUAAUGAGUUAAACUUAACUAGCUCUGUUAAGCGUGUAAUGUUAAUGUAGUUAGUUAACCUACAUUGUUCAGUAACCACUUAAAAUAUCUGUUGAAUUUACUUCUACUUUAAAUUUUGCUGAAAUGACAAACUUUGAGGUCACAUGACUGAGAUGAAACACUGAUGUUUACUGAGUCAGGCGUCAGUUAAAGUUAGUUAAAGUUAGUGAAAGUCAGUUAAAGUUAGUUAACAUGAAUAUCAUUCUUCGUCACGUCAACCGAAGACAAACUGUCCUGAUUUGUUUCUGGUGAAAAUUAAAUUGUAAAUCAGC